CGGACCGGGAGGGCGCACGCAGCGCGAACGCCGCGCCGGUCCCUGGGCGGGCGGGUGGAGCGGGCGCGCGUCGCGAGGCGGAUCCCGGCUCCGGGGAGACGCGGCCGGGACAUGGCGGCGGCCGCUCGCCGGCCGCGGCGGCGUGCCUGGGCCCUGCUGUGCCUGGCUGUGGCCGCGCUGCUCUGCCCCGCGGCGGGCGAAUUGGAGUGUUACUGCCAGCUAUGUACAAAAGACAACUUUACGUGUAUGACAGAUGGAGUAUGUUUUGCCUCAGUAACACGAACUGCAGACAAAAUAAUGCGCAACAGUAUGUGUAUAGCAGAAAUUGAUCUGAUUCCCCGAGACAGGCCAUUUGUUUGCUCGCCCUCCACUAGAGAUGGAGUCCAUACUGUGUCUCAUUGCUGUAACACACCUCUCUGCAAUAAAGUAGAACUUCCAAUUCCAACACCAGGCCCUACUCCAGAAAAACCAGCUUCUAAUCUAGGACCUGUGGAACUGGCUGCUGUCAUUGCUGGACCAGUAUGUUUUGUCUGCAUUUCGCUGAUGUUGAUUCUAUACCUUUGUCAUAAUCGUACUGUAAUUCAUCAUCGUGUGCCAAGUGAAGAAGACCCUUCAUUGGAUCGUCCCUUUAUAUCAGAAGGAACCACUUUAAAGGACUUAAUUUAUGAUAUGACAACUUCAGGUUCUGGGUCAGGUUUACCUUUACUUGUGCAAAGAACAAUUGCAAGAACUAUAGUACUUCAAGAAAGCAUUGGUAAGGGUCGCUUUGGAGAAGUCUGGCGGGGGAAGUGGAGAGGAGAAGAAGUUGCUGUGAAGAUCUUCUCUUCAAGAGAGGAACGGUCAUGGUUUCGAGAAGCAGAAAUUUAUCAGACAGUUAUGCUACGCCAUGAAAACAUUCUUGGAUUUAUAGCUGCAGACAACAAAGACAAUGGUACGUGGACUCAGCUGUGGUUAGUGUCAGACUAUCACGAGCAUGGAUCACUCUUUGAUUACCUGAACAGGUAUACAGUAACAGUGGAAGGAAUGAUAAAAUUAGCUUUGUCCACUGCCAGUGGUCUUGCUCAUCUACACAUGGAAAUUGUUGGCACACAAGGCAAACCAGCAAUUGCCCACAGAGAUUUAAAAUCAAAAAAUAUAUUGGUGAAAAAGAAUGGAACAUGCUGCAUUGCAGAUCUAGGAUUAGCGGUUAGGCACGAUUCAGCUACAGACACAAUUGACAUCGCCCCAAACCACAGAGUGGGAACAAAAAGGUACAUGGCUCCUGAAGUCCUAGAUGAUUCCAUAAAUAUGAAACAUUUUGAGUCAUUCAAACGAGCCGACAUCUAUGCAAUGGGAUUAGUGUUUUGGGAAAUAGCUCGGCGGUGUUCAAUUGGUGGAAUCCACGAAGAUUACCAGUUGCCAUACUAUGACCUCGUUCCUUCAGAUCCUUCUGUUGAAGAAAUGAGGAAAGUUGUGUGUGAACAGAAGUUAAGGCCCAAUAUUCCAAACAGAUGGCAGAGCUGUGAGGCAUUACGAGUGAUGGCAAAAAUUAUGCGGGAAUGCUGGUAUGCCAACGGAGCUGCCCGGCUGACAGCUUUGCGCAUUAAGAAAACAUUAUCACAACUUAGUCAACAGGAGGGGAUCAAGAUGUAAUCCUGGAUUUGCUACCGAAGAACACUGUAAAAAUCCCUUUCUGCACCAGAGUGGCGUGCUAAGAAGGUUAAUUGUUCUACCUCACUGGGGGAACAGAAGGAUAUUGCUGCCUUUUAGUACUUCAUAGGAAUGAACGUCACUUAGGAUUUUUGUGGAUGUGCUAAACAAUUGUGUUGGGUCUUUCUGUGCACUAUGAACCUCUUUCCCAGGUUAUUGACAAAACAUCAUGUACUCUAGUUUCAUUAAUCUAUAAUUUUUUCAUUUGGGAAAUUGAUAGCUGAUCUUGGCUAGUUAACUGUGCUAAAAGUAGGAGGUCACUUCUAAAAUGAAACUGGUUCGCUAUUUUGUUCUACAGUGCAUUGAUGGCUCUUAAAGCAACUUUAUUCCUGCCUGGUACAUUGACUACUCUGAACCACUGUCUCGAUUCCUUGAUUCAGAUUGUGAAUGUACUAUUGGAGUAAUAUUGGAGUAUAUACUAUUGGAGCUAGCUAUUAAGGUGGUGCAUCUUUUGGACUCUUACCUUGACUUACAAAUUGACCUCAUUCAGUUGUGGGAACAUAACUUAUGCAACUAUACUUUAUACCUGAUUACUGGGGGUUUUCCACUUUUUCAGAACAUUACAUUGCCUUCAAAAUAGAUUAUAUUACACCAGUAAGUGCCACUUUUGAGUCUUUUAAUGCAAAAUAGUAGGGAUGUACAAAGCCUAUGGUACUUUUGGUUUCAAAAAUACAAGUUAAAAGUUGUUCCUUUGCUUAGCUAAGUGCUAAAUCUCACUCAUUGCAACAGUGAGUACAUAAUUGAUAAAAUAUCUGCAAUUUUACCAAAAUCUGACUUUUGAAACCACUGUAGGAGUUUUAAAUAGUGUAAGCUAGUAAAUUCACUGUCAUAUUUUGUAAUUGUCAAGUUAUGAGUCAUAAUUAUGUAGAUUUUUUUUUUUAAUCAAGUGGUACUUCUAAAAUGCUUGAAGUACCUAUCUACUUCAGAAAAGUAGCAAGAAAAGUAAAAUGUUAAGGGAGAUUUUGCUUCAUUAAAUAAGUAUGAAAAGCAUAUUUUCUGUGCAGUUCUGCUGAGUCUUAAGGCUCAAAGAACAAUAUUUGCAAUUACACAAUGAUUAAGUGCACCUGUCAUUAGAGAAGUUAUUUGGGCUUUUGUACUAGACAGUUCAAAGCUGCUUAUAAGUUUUAUGUGCAUGUAUGUUGUGUGUGCCUCAUACACAAAGUGGUGAGCUAGAGAAGGUGGUGAGCUGUAGGUCUUUGGAUACAAAUAUCAGGGGAUUCCAGCAAUCCUCUUCAUUGUUAGAAGAACAAAGCUUAUUGUGACUUGUGUUGUCGUAAGAACACAGAAGAAUAUGCAUGGCUUUCGUCAAGAUUUCCCUGAGUUUUUUAAGAGUAUCGUAGUAUUUUCACAAACUUGUUUAGAAAUUAAUUUGCGUCCUGCCCCAACGUACAACAAAAACCUGCUGUUACCAGGAUAUUUUUUUAAUUUCAAUUUUAGCAAGAGUCUGGUUGGCCUUUGGUUUCAUUCAUGUCCAAAACAGUAGUAUUUCAGUAUGCAAAUGUGCUUGGUAAUUAAUAUGCUGCCUAAGCUGCCACUCUUCAGAACACAUCAGUGCCCAUCUCAUUACACAGCACACGUGGCAACCUUUAACUCAGCUUCCCGUUCAUCCCUUGGAUAGAGCCCACUGAGAGUUUGUUACCGAGAGGGUGGCAGUGGCAGGGUGGUUGCUGGCAGCAGCACAGUCGAGUUCUGUGCCCUGGUGAUGUGUGGCAGCUCAAGCAGGAAGAGGAAUGAGGACCAGGAAGAAGAUGCUACAUAGGUGACACGAGCCUUACCCAAGAAAAGCCUUAACCGUUAAUUUCUGUUUAUUUCUGUAUUCUUACUGCUUGCUUGGAGAUGAGUUUAAACUAUGUCAGAAUUACAGACCUUCAGAGAUCAAACUGCAAAUAAUGAAAUGCUUUUGUCAACAACAAAAUGGAUGAGUUUAUUCUUACUGGAAGACAGUAUCCAGUAGAAAAGGGAAAAAUAAGAGACGUUCUUAGAAACCAAUUAGGCUUAAACAUACAUGCAGCUGUCACACUUAUGUUUGGCAUUAUCUGACAAGUGAGGCUUAUGUGCUUCAAGCCUCUGUCAAUCAAAGCCAGAUUAAAAAUUACUUCAUGUAGGUAUUUUAAAUAAAAUAUGCCUUUGUGUGCAUGGACAGUUGAGCACCACAGAGUUUUUCAGUUAAAUGUUAAAAAAUGAAUAUAACAUAACUCCCAAGCCUCUCUUCUUGGCAGCCUCUCUAGCAAGUUUUAUAUAUCUCUACAGAUACUUUAAAAAAACAGGUCAUCAGGAAAAUAGAUCAGGGUCUCCAUCUAAUUUCAAAGGCUUCCUAGUUAGCAAUUCAACUUUUUUUGUUUUGUAACUUUGUUACAUUUCAAGUUUUCAUAGGUGUCCUGGGGUCCUUACCACAGAUACAAAGGGUACAGGUCCUACUUCAGAAAUAUCAGGCUCCUGGUGUGCCUCAGAUCUCUAUAGUAAUUUUGGUAGUAACAGAAGUGUUCACAGUAUCAUUAAUCAAAUAAUUUUCAUGGCUCUUUUUAGGACCCACAAAACCUUAUCAGCGAAACAUUUAAUUUCCUAAAAUAUACAGAACAGUUCUGUUGCAUUUUAAAGAGGAUAUACAGCAACUGGACAGCUUCAUGGCAUGCAGAUGAUUCUGUCAACAAUAUAACUGUGUGUUAUAUUGUAUCAACCACCUGCAAAUCUUCGCUCUCCUGAAUUGCUCUUAGUUUGUUCAAGAUUUAGCUUUCUAAUAGAAGCUUGCAAAAACAAAGCACAGAAGGAUGCUUGACACUGUGUUAUGACCUAAGGAACUGUUUUAGAGCAACCUUAUAAUUCCUAUUAGGCUGCAGAACAAGAAAAUUGUGAAUAGAGCUAUAUGUAUCCUCAGUUCUGACACCACAACUUCAAGCUUUGUUCUUCUUUUCCAUUAUAUGAACUGAACACCUUUUACAAAGGCUGUGUCUGUAUAUAUUAUGUAACUUUAAAUGUUACCUGUGUAAGAUCAUAUCUUAUAUAUAUGGACACAGGUACACAUAAGUAUUUUUUAAACUAAGAUUGUAAUAUCACCAGAUCUGCUCUUGGAAAUCCAGGGGGACCAAAAUAUUUUAGCAUUCAAAAUAUUAAUUUUGUAUCAUUUCGAGUAUAUACCAAAACAGUUUCUGAUUAAUAUUGAUGCAAAUGUUUAUUGUAAAUAUUACAUGCAUUACACAUUCACUUAAGUUUUGUGGAUUUAAUCAACUUUACAUUUUAGUAGCAUUGAAGCCUCAGUAUGGUUUACAGACUUGUGACCAGAUGGAUAUGGACAUGGAGAACAAGGAGCAUUGGAAAUAGUCUGAUGCUGAAAAGCCUGAAAUGUCAUUUUUGAAAUGCUGGAAUUCUUCAGGGACCCUCCAACCUUAAAAGCUGGAAUUCUGGGAUGUUUCUCAAGCAGACUCCAAGUAUGACACACUGUCACCCUCCUAUGGUUCUGCUUGUAAUCCUAAGAAAGACUUUGUAUAUAAGUAAAGACAUUGGUAUCGACUGUAUGGGGACAUGAAGGUGUCAAAUGAAGUAAGAGGCCAUUUUAUUUUUUCAGUAAUGGCUCCGAGUGUGAUUGCCAUGAAAUUCACCUUUUAGUUAGUUCCUUGUUUAUAUUGUGCCAUUGAAAUGAUUGCAAGAUGUUAAUCAUUUUGUGUUUAAGAAAACAAGCAAACAAAAAAAAUCCCUUCACUAUAUCUGUUGCUUUAAACUCAAAUUACCUCUUAAAAGACCAAGGUACAUUUACCUCAUGUGUAUAUAAUGUUUAAUAUUUUUCAGAAUGUUCUCCAGGUUUGCAGUUAUAUGUUUCUAGAAAUAUGGAUAUUGCUAAAUUUACAACUUCAGUGGUACUAAGUGUAUUAUCUGGUGCCCCAAAACACUUUAUUUUCUGUAUUUUAUUGUAUUAGCAAGUUUGCUGCUUUGUCACUGUAGCACCUGCCCUUACAUAGCUGUGUGGAUACUGCCUUGUAAAUUUUACUUUUUGGAUGAUUUGAGGAUCCUGUACAGAUGAGUGUCACUUUUUUAAACCUUACCAAAUUGUGCAUUUCCCUGACAUUUCUGAAAAUAUGUAUUGUAUUUGUAGAGUAUACAUUUCAAUGGAUUGUAAAUAGGACAGUAGAAGAGUGGAUGCUUAUGUUAAGUGCUAACACUACAGUAGAGAGAUUAAAGCAGUGAAAAUAAAUAAUUUUUUUCAAAAUGCAUGAAUUGUCUUUCAGAACAAGAAGUUGCAGGUAGAUACAGGUUUGUGUGUGAUGUUCUUACCUGCUAAUAUGUGUGUUUAUUGUGAGUUCCUUUCCUCAGAAGGAAUUUCUUCUAGUACAAAAAUGCUAAAAGGAUUUGCUACUGCUGAGGCAAUCCACCUCAUGUGUGUGCAGUAUGUACAUAGUGCUAAAGUGCCUGUUCUUCCUUGCCUCCUGCAGUAAUGUUGGUGCAGGAGCAUUGCUUGUGUCUCUCAUUUCCUGGACAAAAUUAGUAAUGACAAAUUGUUCUCUCUUGAUAUUUGCAUAAAAAUAACAUUUAGUCUAUUUUAGUCUGUUUAGGCAGCUCAGCACCUCAGUGCAUCCCAUAACUGAAAGUAAAAUCUGCUUGUGUUGGUGUGGAGUGUUUCUGUGCAAAACUCAGUUUCAGGCUGGUGUUACAUUUCUGAAGGAAAGUGGCUAUUUAGACACAACAAAAAUAGAACAUCUUGUCCUCAUCUGAGUUUGGGUUCAUCCUUCAGUUUUGACUCAGACAGAAUUACCAAAAAUUGUUACUUUCAGCAAGCUUUCUCCACAAUGGGAUGCUAUAAGGUGUCCAGAUAAAGCUAAAGCCUAUAGCUACACCAAAAUACUGUGUUCCUUUCAAAUGCUUUUACAAGAGCAAUGAUUAUUUUGGUGAGAACACAUCCCUCUCCCAUGAGUGGCUAAAGGAAGGCCUUUGCUACCCCUGCAAGCAACCAAAACUCAGUAAAAUCCUGAAUCCCUCUACUGCAUUUGGUAGUAGAGGAAAUGGGUGGCCUGGAACUAACAUAACAAUGUUGCUGUCUACCAAACUUAGUUUUCAUGACGUAGUUUUCUCUAUUUCAAGCUUUGAGGGCCUGAGUCUAACAACUGAAAAUUCAUAAACCACAAACAAUUACCACAAGUAACUUAAAUGUGAGGAUGUUUUAGGAUCAUUUUAGAGGAGACACUGAAUUCAGGAGAUCUGCAUGCUGGUUUGGAUUGCAGGUCAGCAUAGGGAGUGGCAGACUUUCAGCUGGCUGUUUUGCACAAUAUAAUUAAUUUUUAAUUUUUAAAGUGUGGGACUUUUGAAAGAAAUUGUUUUUAAUACCCACUGCAUCCAAAACCUACUUUCUAUAGGUGCAGCAUAACUAAGAGUAUAUAAACAAACCACUUCUCUGCAGUACCAAGUACGUUCUAGAAAUUUCCUUCUGUCAAUUUUUGUGACAUUGGUAACUGAUGCACAGUCAUGUACCCAGUAAUUGUAGAAUAACAUAAGGGUGGUCCUGGCAGAAAAUAUAUUCCUUUUAAAUAGGAAAUCAGAAAUUCCAAAUCUCUCGCUCGGUGCUCUUACUAGCUUUUUUUAUCUAUGCAGCUAAGCCCUAAUGUUUUUACUUGAACAAACAGUGUUUAUUUUUUUGCUGAAGAAGGGUAACUGAAAUCUCACACUGCAAAGCCCCUUACCAACAUGAUGGGCUGCUGGGGUUUUGAGUCUUGUAGUUCUGUCUUGGAGUGACUGGAGUUGUUCCAUGUCUUCUGGGUUUGAAAAAAAAAGAAACAUUGGCAUAGCAUUUCCUUUGUCAACUUGCCUGGACUGUAAAUAAAAUCCAGUAGUGCUCAAGAAACCUACCCCCUUAGGUCUUUCUCAGAGUUUCUUGAAAAUAAGAUUUAAAUCCCCAGUCUCUGAGCUGAAUUGGUACCUGAAAUCUUUACCUCUCUUGAGAGGAAGAAAAAAAAAAAAGCCAGAGCAAACCAUACUGAUAUGUUCCUAUGCAUGAUUGCAGUGUUUUAUUGGUAUUAAAAGAUUUCUCAGUAGAGAUGAAGAGUCGGCAUCCUCACAAUGUGUUUCUAAUUGGCUCAAUUAGGAAAAUGAGAAGAGCUCUCCCACCUGCCAGUAGCAGAAAAUCUGUGUAAACAGUUGAAGAAUCAGGCACAUGAUACUCAAUUUUAUAGAAUAUCAGAUAUAUUUGUGUAGAUUUUCAAAUGAGGAGUGAAGAAGAUAGGAAUAUGCCUUUAAAUCCAAGCAAGAUGCAGAACUUGUGGGAUGCACAGUGAAGGAAAAAAGGACAGGGAAAAAGGGAGAGGUUUAGGUGACCUGGAGAGGAGUGAGCAUGGGAAAAUAGAGGAAUAAAGAGAUAAAAAGAGUGGGUCAUAUACAAAUAGCAGACCAAUCAGUGUGCCAGUCUGUCUGCGCCCAGCACAGCCUCUUCCUUUAUUUUUAAAUCCCUUCCUGCCUAAGGAACUCAGUUCUGGGGCUGCAGGGCUGUCUGAGCACAGCAGCUGGAGCCAGAGCACAGCAGGGAGGUCCUGUGGGUCUGUGGAGAAGCCAGGGGAAAGAGCAGAGUGAGCAAACUCGAGUGUCAGCAGCAGGAGUGUGACCACAGGUCACGGAUGCCCACGUGUCUGCAGUGCCAGCAGUGUGGCUCCAGGCACCAGUGGCUGGAGUGGGACUGAGCCCCAGGCCCGGAGCCAGUGAGACUGGGAUUGGGGCAGCUGCUUGCAGGGUGUGCGUCUGCCUCUGAAGUGGGGGUCCUUAAUGUUGGCUGUUCUGAUCUGUCCUUAUGUUUUGGUGGCUCUGCAUUACCUGCUAAUGUGGACAAGCAGUUACUUGUUUUCCAUGAGGAUUUGUGCCCCAAUGCACUGGACCAGUCCUGAGAUUGCUUGCCUGGCUCUUAUAGCUUGGGCAACAGAAGUUUGUACAUCCAGAACUGGGCGUCACUGUUUUGAUUCUUGGCAUUGGUCGUCAAUCCACAGGGGCUAGAAAACAUCUACUUUAUUACAGUAUUAAAUUAAGUAUCUGAAAACCUAGAAAGCAAAGGCAAUAAGCAACUCUGUCUGAACAAGAGCUAGUGAUAAAUUCCAAGUUGACUCUGUGUUGUAAUAAUUUAUCUAUUGCUCUGGACUAUUGCUAAUUUGCAUUAAUGAAAUUUUCCCAUUUCCUUCUAUACUUUGGGUGUGGGAAACGUGUGUGUAGUUCCACUGUUCAGAUUCUUAAUUAGUACAGGAAUGGGGUAAAGAAUGGCAAGAAUUCUGUGAUACUACAGUUGCUGUCUAAUUCUUAUGUGUUUCCAAAGAGUGGAGUCAAGCUGUGUUUCUUUUGGUUUUUGCCCUGCUGUGGCUUGGACUCUCUAACCUACAUGUUCCAUGAAGAGAGUUUUGUUGUUAAUACCAGAACAGCCAGUGAGACUCAGCUCUGGACAAUUCUUCAUGGCAGCGAGCUACCUUUUUCUUACCUUUGUUCAGGAAAAUGUUUUGCCUAUGCUUUUUUUUUGCAAAGAUAACUCUUUUCCAUGCUAGAUGAUAGAAGGCUUUAAAUUAUGUACUGUGAGACCUGAGCUCUUGCAGAGAUCCUCAUUUCCAUCUAUCCACGUCUGAAAGGUCCAUGGACUGUUGGUCUCUUCACUGCAGUAAUAUUGUCAAAUUGCUAAUUGCUAUCUCUUGCAAAGGCUCCUUGUGCAGAGGCUCUCAUGAUUGCAGGCAUGCAGCCUCCUAAGCCUCAUAUCUUUGCUGGUAGAGCAUGCUGAUAAGCAUGGCCGUUUCUCAAAACCCUUGGAAGAUUAUUGAACUUCUCCCUUGCUGGAGACACUCAAAACCCACCUGGACACAUUCCUGUGUGACCUGCUCUAAGUGACCCUGCCUUGGCAGGGGGCUUGGGCUAGGAGAUCUUCAGAUCUAACAAUUCUAUGAUUCUGUGAACUUCAAGAAGAAGGGAAUAUUGCAAAGAAAAACAUAUUACAAUUUUUUUAACCUCUUCAGGCUGUGUUAUCAGUAUAUGCAGUAUGUUCACAGCCUCUCUCCUAAAGUCCAUCACUUCUGGUUCUUCAAAUAAGCGUGUGCUUGAGAAGGAGGGGUGGAUGCUUUGCUGCCUUUACUGUCGCUGCAGUCGCUGGAGGCUUGAAGUACAAUACUGAGGAAACUCAUAUGGUAAAAUUUACCUGAGAGCUUGCAUACAGAUAAUCUCAGUGUAAUUGUACAAACAGGUAAGCCAUUUUAAAGAACAUUUUCUUUAAUGUACAAGAAAGUAACUUGUCUCCGUUGAUAAUUCUACUAGUCUGAGUUCUAGGUCAAAAGCAGUGGUUAGGUUCUUAGUGAUGUCUUCCUUCAAAAUGAUGUGUUGCUGCUGCCAGUUUUGCAGUUUUAUGUAGCCAGAUGUGUUUUGUUGUCUCCUCUUCCAAUGAUGUUGUGUUCAGCAGCUGAAAAUACUUUUAAAUUGUUUUUAAAAGAAAUAAUUUAUGCUAAGGCAGUAUAUUUAAGAACAGAUGUUUUCUUUAGACCAUUUGAAACCUGGAUGAAGUUAAAGAAACUUAUUUGUGGUUCAACUGAUAAUAAAUGUUUAGAUAUCACUGGUUUUCACAUCAUGCCGCUCAUUUGUAGAAGCUGAAUGACAGCUUGGGGAUUUUUUUCAUCCAGUGGAUCUUCUCUGUUGGGAAUAAUUAUCUUAGUAUUUCUGUGUUGCACUUUCUGUGUAUUUAGUGUUGUAGUAUGGAGAAAGACAAUUCCAGCACUCAUCUUGCUGACUUGCUUACUUCACUCCUCUGUUUUAGCUAACACAAAAUUCUUCCUGCUGUCAAGUGUUCUGAGUCACUGGCACUCAGUUCUCCAUCUAUCCCCACAGUUCCAUUUCCUACUCCAUGUCAGAAAGCUACUUGAAAAGCUGGAGGCAGUUGUUUUGGUUUAGUUGACUUGAAAAGGGUCUUUUUCUCUGAAAUUUCUCAAGGUUUUCUUGCUUUUUGUACAGCCUGGCUCUUUGCUGGAGACUUUCUGAGAAAUUUUACCCAGCAGUUGGAUCUCCCCUUCCUUGAAGUCCUACCAUGAUUGUGGAUGAAGGGAGAAGAAUUCUCACAGACCUCUCUUGACAUGAGCUCCCUAACUUGCACACCCCUGCACACAGAAUACUUCACACAAGGUUGUUUUGCUUUUGCUUUGUCCCCUUACUCCUCCAGGUUUACAGGGUGAAACAUCUCUGUUGUGUGCUUGAAGUUUGCAGAAUAAAAUAUCUCUGUUGGUACAGA